AUACAGGCCGUUUGUUUUUGUACUGAAAUGUUUGUUAAUUGUUUUUACAUGAAUGGAUUAUAUAUACUAAAAGUAAAAUGUGUACAUAGGUAUUAGUUAAAUCGUAGUUUUGCUGAAAUAUUGUCCGUGUGAUUGACAGGAAGUGUGACUAAUAGCAUUGUUGUAAUCUUUUAAAAACAUUAAAAUACGAUGUGAACUUACGAUUCGGUACUAGUGUUCAGUUAGGGAUAAAGACAUCUUUUUUUGUAUUAUUAGCUCUGCUGGCUGACCAUGGAAAUCGACGAGUCUUCGUCAACAGAAAACAUUAUUUUCGAAAAUGAACGUGACAAAAUCAUAGAUUUUCUAACAAGCAAUAACCAAGUCAUAUUCAAGCUGCAACAAAUUGGUGACAACGAUUUAAACAAACAACAAAAGUUUGAAAUAGCCCUGGAGAUCUUCGAAAAGAGUAAAAGUAACUUUUUAAUAAAAUUCGGUCGUUAUUUGAAAGAGAAUCAUUUAGAAUAUUUUAAAGAAUUCUCUCAAGAGGACCAAGAAAUAGAUCUGAUAAUGAAGCAGUUAAUUAUGGAGAUAAGAACAAGAAAUAAGCAAGUUAAAAACAGACGAUACGAAGCAUUAAAGCAACUAAUCAAAGAGGAUGAAUAUUUCUCUGACAUUGAGAUGAUGAAAAGAAAUCCUGUGCUGUAUGAAGAACUGGUCGGACAAUAUUUAACUCCCGAAGAAAAAUGCGAACGAGAUAAAUAUAAAAUGGAUGGUGGAGUUACUUUUGUUAAAAUAUUAAUGGAAGGUAUUGAACGUGAUAAUGCGGAAGCAACCAGAAAGAAGUUAGAAAACGAGGAGGAAGAACAAACAAUGGAGACAGAUUCCGAUAAUUCAGAAAGAUCCGAAAGUCCACCACCGUGCACAUCCAGAUGGGGCGAAUACGACGACGCUCCGAAGCAAAUCCACAAGCAGAAACCGAAGGCCAAAUUCAUAACUGCAGACGAAAGAAAGUUGUUAAAAGAAGAGUUCGUAACUCACAUGUAUCAAAGUUUCCUAGACGGCAACGAUCUGGAUUUCGAUUAUGGUACUGUAGACGAUAAUGUGAGUUACGACGAUAUGGAUCAAAUUGAUCAUGACGCUGAAGAUGCGUAUUUCGAUUCGGAAGACCCGGAAACUAUACAAGUGGAGAAUGGCAAGGUUGAGAGUUCUGAGGACGAACUGGACAUUUAUAUGAGUGCCCUUAAUGAUCAUCCUGCCGUUCGACAAUUGUCUGUGGAAAUGCAAAAGUUGUAAAUUUUCACAUUUGAAUAAAGUUGUAUAACUUUUUUUAAUUAUAAUAAAUAGUUUUUUGUAGUUAACAGAUUAAA